AUGUUCCCAGCAAAUCCCUGUCGAGAUCAUUACACAGCAUCCAUUCAGUGUAAUGAUGGUGGUACGAUCAGCGAUGGAAACUUGUCAUGUAUUGAUUCUCUGCUGGUGGCGUUGUCGCUUGAAUAUGAUACCUGUAUGGUGUGUAGGAGUUAUAGAAUGAACUACAGAGCUAACAUUAGUUUUCUUAGGGGUUUUGAACUGACAGAUGAAGAUACUGAGAAACUCAAGACAGUCCCACAUGAGAUGCUGAAAAACUCAAUCAAUGCUACCAUAGCUCGUCAUGUUGCUGAUAAAGGAGAGACAAUCAAUAUUGGCGACUUUGCUGUGCAGAAACAGUUCAAGGAAAAGUGUAAUGUACAGCCAGACUUCAGGAUUCAAUCCGUCCUUUGCCAACCUAUCUAUAACAGUGAGCAAAAGAUUAUUGGUGUAGCUCAGAUGAUCAACAAGGCUGCCAAACAGGCUUUCACAGACCAGGAUGAACAUCUAUUUGAGGCUUUUGCAAUCUUCUGUGGACUGGGUAUCCACAACACUCAGAUGUUUGAAAAUGCUAUGAGGUUAAUGGCCAAGCAACAAGUUGCUCUGGAUGUGCUAUCUUACCAUGCCACAGCUCAACCAGAAGAGGUUGCAAAACUUAAGAAAAGUCGAGUGCCUUCAGCGCAGCAGUUAAAGCUUUAUGAUUUCAGCUUCAGUGACUUUGACCUGACAGAAGACGAGACACUUCAAGGAACACUUAGGAUGUUUAUUGAGUGUAACCUCAUUGAGAAAUACCACAUCCCAUAUGACGUACUAUGUAGAUGGACGUUGAGUGUACGCAAGAACUAUAGACCAGUAAUUUACCAUAAUUGGCGGCAUGCCUUCAACGUGGCCCAAACAAUGUUCUCUAUAGUAAUGACUGGAAAGCUUAGGAAGCUAUUAACAGAUCUGGAGAUUUUCUCUCUCAUUGUUGCCUGUCUCUGCCAUGACCUGGACCAUAGGGGGACGAACAAUACUUUCCAAGUCAAGACAUCUUCCCCACUGUCUUUGCUGUAUGGAACCUCUACCAUGGAACAUCAUCAUUUUGAUCACUGUAUCAUGAUCCUAAACAGUGAGGUGAGUUAAAUUAUGUUUGUCUUGGUGGAAUCAAAUAUCUAUUGUUUAUUUGUAUCAUGAUAUAUGAAUCUUGUAGUCGUGUAUUUAUAGACUGUUUCUUUGAUAACUGAUAAAACAUAGGACAGUUAGUGCACUUGGUAGGGUAGAAUUUUUUCAGUAUCUGUCGUAAGGAUAAUGAAGGGGUAUUUUUUUUCAAAGUGAGAAGGAAAGGAAUAGAUGACCCUUUAAAGGUCAAUUCCACCACAGAAAAAUGUUGAUUUUAAUAAAAAGAGAAAAAUCAAACUAGCAUUAACGCUGAAAAUUUCAUCAAAAUCGGUUGUAAAAUAAGAACGUUAUGACAUAUUCGAGUUUCUCUUAUUUAAAAAAAAAAAGUUAAAUGCACAUCCUAGUCAGUAUACAAAUGAGGGUACUGAUGACAUCACUCACUCACUAUUUCUUUUGUAUUUAAUUAUAUGAAAUAUGAAAUAUUCUAAUUUUCUUGUCAUUGUCCUGUGAAACAAAGUUUUAUUUCUCCUGAACAUAUGGAAUUACCAUUGUUUAACAUUUUAUGGUACAGUCUAGUUGGUCUAUAUUGCAAAUCUAC